CCUAUGUUGAGCGCGAGACGCACAGGAUUCAGACACGCGUAAAGUAGCAGAGCACGCGUUUCACACAAGACAGAACUGUAUGGACUUGCAGUCGUUCGUUCCCAAUCCCAUGAAGAACACGAGAAAGGUGGACAUUAUAAACAAGGAGCCAUAGCAACAAUACAAAUCUUAAUAAAAUCACUUCAGAAUCGGGAUACACUUCCAAGCAGCACAACAUCCAAAGACAACUCGGCUGACUAAGAGGUAGUGGCCGUCAUGCAGCACUAUGGAGUGAACGGCUACUCUCUCCACGCGAUGAACUCCCUGAGCGCAAUGUACAGCCUGCACCAGCAGGCCGCGCAACAGGCACAGCAUGCGCCAGACUACCGACCUUCAGUGCACGCGCUCACCCUCGCGGAGAGACUGGCUGACAUCAUUCUGGAGGCUCGCUACGGGUCCCAGCACCGCAAACAGCGCCGGAGCCGCACCGCGUUCACCGCACAGCAGCUCGAGGCACUGGAGAAGACCUUCCAGAAGACCCACUACCCCGACGUUGUGAUGCGCGAGCGCCUGGCCAUGUGCACUAACCUCCCCGAGGCCCGCGUGCAGGUGUGGUUCAAGAACCGCCGGGCCAAAUUCCGCAAGAAACAGCGUAGCCUGCAGAAGGAGCAGCUCCAGAAACAGAAGGAGGCCAACCGAGAGGGAGGUGACGAGGAGGAGGCUCCCACCACCAUCACUCCAGAGAACCAGCUCCCACCAUCCUCUUCCUCCUUGGAGGUUGAGGGUCCACCCCGUCUGUUGGUGUCGGAAAUUAGCGUGGAGUUGAACGUGACCUCAGCGGAGCAGUCAGGCAGCGAGUCGGCCACAGAGGACAAUGCCACCGAUAAGGAGGAGGAGUAUAACGCACAGAGGGAGGAGUUAAAGAGUGAAAGGGUGAUGACGCCCGGCGACGUCUCUCCACCCUGCAAACUACUUAGCCCCAAACCUGAAUCCCCUAUGGUCUCCCGGUCUGUGACGCCCUCGUCCAGUGGUGUCAGUGGUGGGAUCUCCCAGAGCCACUCCUACUCCUCCUCCCCGCUCAGCCUCUUCUGCCUGCAGGAGCAGUUCCGCCAGCACAUGGCUGCCACCAACAACAUGGCACUCUACCCUUCCUUCGACAUGGGUACCCCCCCAUCUCUGCCCUACCUGGGCAUGAAUGUCAACAUGUCUCCGGCGCCGCUGGGCUCCCUGCCCUGCCAAUCCUACUACCAGUCGCUGUCCCACCAUGCAGCGCAGCAGGUGUGGAACAGUCCCCUGCUCCAGGCCUCCGGAGGGCUCCCCAGCCAAAACAGCAAGACCACCAGCAUCGAAAACCUCCGGAUGCGGGCCAAGCAGCAUGCGGCCUCCCUGGGACUGGACACGCUGCCUAACUAAGCCCCAGGAUCUUAGUGCGACCUAGCCGGGAGAUCGAUACUACAUCCCACCCAUCCCGUGUCUGUAACCUCCGUAGCCCUACAGGAACCAUAUUCUCCAGCAGAUGGUUUCGGGGCAUUAGUAGCCAGAGUUCUGAAAACCAAAAUGGCAAAUCACCCUGGACCGAGUUCUCUCCUGCUUCUUGCUUUAUCAGUUGCCUAACUUCUGGGAUUGCACAGGCUAUACACAGGAUCUCUAAAGCAGAACAAAUACACUUCAUAAGUAUUUACCUGUCUAGUGUUGCACUUGGUGAUAAAGACUUUGCAAUGUAAUGUUUACAGAUAAAAUAUGAAUUUAGGCAGUUUUAAGGGAAUUUGGGUCUUCAAGGGGGAAAAUACAUUUGUGCCAGCAUUGGUGGCAUUGAGAGACUAUUUGUACCGUGGGGCCAUUACCAUUUCAAUUAGGACAUGUAGGUACAUAGCACAUUCUAAAAAAGCAAGCACAUACAUAAAUAUAAACUCAAGCCAUGUUCUCCUCAAUAUCCGAAUUAGAAGUGACUAAUUAGGGCCUCCCGGGUGGCGCAGUGGUCUAGAGCACUGCAUCGCAGUGCUAACUGCGCCACCAGAGUCUCUGGGUUCGCCCCCAGGCUCUGUCGCAGCCGGCCGCGACCGGGAGGUCCGUGGGGCGACGCACAAUUGGGCUAGCGUCGUCCGGGUAAGGGAGGGUUUGGCCGGUAGGGAUUUCCUUGUCUCAUCGCGCUCCAGCGACUCCUGUGGCGGGCUGGGCGCAGUGCGUGCUAACCAAGGGGGCCAGGUGCACGGUGUUUCCUCCGACACAUUGGUGCGGCUGGCUUCCGGGCCUUCGUCUCUCCCGAGCCCGUACGGGAGUUGUAGCGAUGAGACAAGAUAGUAAUUACUAGCGAUUGGAUACCACGAAAAUUGGGGAGAAAAGGGGGUAAAAUUAAAAAAAAAAAAAAAAAAGAAGUGACUAAUUUACCAGUUUAAUGCCCAGUAUUAAAUCAUGUUGUACAGAGACUGGCUUGGUAAUGAGAAAAUAUUUUCAGUGACUAAAUGUGCAAAGCUUUUAAUUACAUUUUGCCCUGGGCAGAGGGGAGGGGAGCAUAUGCAAUUAUGAACAUGCAUACUAUUUAUGAUUCCCUUAUAUCCAAAGCUCUGAGCAGAAAAGGGGUAGUAGUCUCCAGUACUUUCUGUUGUACUCUUUAAGCACUUUAAGGAGUGGCCAAUCUUUAAAUUCUUGUCGAUUAUGCACCUGUGAUUCUCUCUGUGCUGGGAUCCCAUCAAGUCCAUCCACUCCGAUAAUGUAAAUAAUUGAAAUAUGUAAAUUAAGAAGAAAAAUAAGUCUAUCUAUUAAUGUUUACUGAUAAGGCAAAUGUAAAGGUGUUCAUAUGUUGUUAAUUGAUCAUAAACUGUCCAAGUUGGCGAUUCCUAUAGUUGUCAGUUGUACAAUAGUAUUUAAACGGCUCACGCCAUUCCAUUACCUUCUAUUCCCUGGACUACUGAAGCUAUACUGUCUGGUAGUCUACAUAUGAGUUCCAUUGUGGCUGUGAUGGUAAUAGUUCUACUGUUUCUCUCCAGCCUGUCAUACUAACUGGUCCAGUGGUAGAUUUCAAAUGUUGGAGAGACUAAUCUGGAAACCAUAGGCAUUAUCAUUUUUUCUCUGUUAACAAUGUAAGUUUGAAAAGUGAUGUUGUAAAAAUAAAUCCUAAAUAAAGCAAUGCUUGGUCUUUA